AUGGCUUGCGAGGACAGCACAGCCUGCAAGGACAGCACGCCCUGCAAGGUCAGCAUGGCUUGCGAGGACAGCACGGCUUGUGAGGACAUCACAUCCUGCGAGGACAGCACAGGUUGGGAGGACAGCACAGAUUGCGAGGACAACACAGCAUGCGAGGACAACACAGCAUGCGAGGACGGCACAGGUUAUGAGGACAGCGCAGCUUGCGAGGACAGCUCAGCUUGCGAGGACAGCUCAGCUUGUGGGGACAGCACAGCUUGCAAGGACAGCACAGUUUGCAGGGACAGCACAGCUUGCGGGGCAGCACAGCUUGCGGGGACAGCACAGCUUGCGGGGACAGCACAGAUUGCGGGGACAGCACAGAUUGUGGGGACAGCUCUACUUGAGAGGACAGCUCAACUUGAGAGGGCAGCUCAACUUGAGAGGCCAGCUCAACUUGAGAGGACAGCUCAACUUGAGAGGAAAGCUCACCUGAGAGGACACCUCAACCUGAGAGGACAGCACAAAUCGCGUGGACAGCAAAGCUUGCGAGGACAGCAAAGCUUCCGCUGA